UAUUUUUUUCCUGAGCAGCAUUGGUGCUUGGUGAUGGCCGUGUGGUAUUCAAGCAGGUGACAACCACCCCAACCCCUGGGCGGGUGGCCGUGAGCACCCCACUAUUCACCCCAGGGGCUCCUUCAGCCCCAGUAGGCCCCCCUCAGGGACCUCCCCAGUCAGGCCUCAACAUUGCUGACAACCACUUCAGUUUAUCCAGUUCUCCCUCUGGUGUCUGCCUUAGUCUGCCCAAAACAUCACUGGCAGACAUGGUGAAGCCUGCCUGGGCUCUGUCAGAAAAUGUCAAGGACAUUGGCCACCGUGUGAACCUGAGAAUUCUGAUGACCGGCCUCAUGCCUGCUGUAUCCCCACCCCCACUUGUAGUGCGAAUGUGUCCUCCUCUUACCACCAGGAAUAUACACCACUAUGUGCCCCGGCUGGCAGCUGGCACACAGAGUGGUGCUGUCCAGAUCUUUAACAUGGCCACAGGAAUGCUAGAGAGAGAAUUUGCACUGCACACAUACCCUGUCAGAGGGGUGGAGUGGACAAGCCUAACAUCCAUCCUGUCCUUUGGGCACCAGCCUCUCACCAAUAGUCAGGGCCUUGUUCGUAAUGAACUGAUCUACACUGACAUUCUCACUGGAAGAACCAUCACACUCAGACCAAACAAGAGUGAUGAAACAAGCAUUGAUAUGGUCAGAGUCUCAUACCUUAAGCAGUACUUCAUAGUUGUCUUUAGAGAGGAUCCCUUUGAACUUUGGGAUGCCAGAAAGUUGGUUCCACUACGAACGAUGCCACGCAGGUUUCCGAGAGUGUCUGCUCUGGAGUGGUCUCCCACUAGCCACAUGAAAGCCCGUAGAGAGUCUGAGAGCCAGAAGGUCCCAGAUGCAGAGCCUGGGAAGAGCGAGUCAUCAGUCCCCAAGGAGGCUCCACAGGCUGAGGCUUCAAUGACAGAAUCUAUGUUGUCUCUUGCAGACUUUGGUGGCAAUGAGCGUACAAGUAUUGCUAAGGAAACAUUUGUGUUCACGGAUACAGAGGGCCAACUCUAUCACUUCUCAGUGGAAGGCAAUGUAAUCAGAGAUGGAACAAAGGUUCCACCAGAUUCUCAAAUGAGUGCAAUCACAUCGAUUGCAUGGAAGAGCCAUGAAAUCAUCCUGAGUGAUGCAGAUGGUAAUUUGACAGUGUGGGACCUGAAGACUCGUAUUUCCCGCCAUAUAGCAACACACCGUGGCUGGAUUCGUAAAGUUAGAUUCGCUCCUGGACGAGAUAAUAUGAAGCUUCUGGUUCUCUUUGCUGAUGGCAUCGAUAUCUGGGACGUCAGGGAUGUGGUACUUGUGAGCCAGGUGAAAUCUCCACGUGACAUUGUGAAGGUGGUUGAUGUGGACUGGGGUGCCUCAGACAGACCAGUCCUUGCCACAGUAGAUGGAUGUCUACGGGUUAUGGACAUGAACCUGAAGACCUCAAACUCUCCCAUAUGCCAGUAUUGUACAAAAGACCCUAUAGUAUCCCCAUACUUGCUUGCGGGGGAGGCAUCCCUCAACCUAAGGACACUGAUGACACAUCAGCCAUGGCAGACCCAGUACUCUCUCUCUUUCUCUGGUGAAGAUGGAUUUACGCCUGAACAACUCCUGAAUAUUGAAGUUUGGAUAUCAAGAAUUCCAGAGGAACUUCGUGAAUUCCUAGAGACAUGUGGAUCCACAGCUCAUCGCGCUCUUGUAGUUGCACAGUUGUUCGGUGAUCAGGGAGAAAUAGACUUUUGGACUGUUGCCUGUCACUACCUCACACAGCCAGCUUUAACACAGUCCAAGGAUGAAACAAGCAGCAGCAACAGCAGUGUUGGGAGUGCAGAAUUAAUAGCGCUUGGGGACUCAGCCUCAGAGAAGAGCGCUGGCAGUGAAGAGACGAGUACAGUCACAGCUCUUCCUCCAACGCAUCCUCUGGAGACCACAUACCACAACUUGUGUGAUGCUGCCACAUACAAGCACCAUGAGCUUGAGCGUCUGGCAAUUCAUGAGAGCAAGAACCUGGAAGGUUCACAGAGAGCAACACUUGGCAGAAGUCUGGCUGUGAUUGGGGAGAGGGACCGUGCUGUCAGACUGCUACUGGAUGCAGAUGCCUCAAAUCACCAGUUUUAUACAGACUGUCUGAGAGCCUGCCUUCUAGCAGCGACCCACCACUCUACCCAGGCUCAGUCCACCAUCAAGCUAGUUGCUACCAACCUCAUUGCAGCAGGAAAUAUCUGGGAAGGUGUUGAAUUGCUGUGUCUGAUCGGUAAGGCAGGAGAUGCAUGUCGAUAUCUCCAGUCAUAUGGCCAAUGGGAGAACUCUGUCUGGCUGGCCAAGUGUGCAUUACCUGUGCAAGAGUCAGUUGACAUUAUCAAAAAAUGGGCACAGCAUCUUAUUAACUCAGGCAACAAGGAUCAGGGUGUGUGUGCUUUGCUGUCUGUAGGAAACAUAACAGCAGCCAUAGAACAGCUGGUACAGCAGCAUUACCACCAGAGAGCAGCUUUGCUCCUGGCUGCAGCCUUGCAGUUGCAUACCCUGCCUGGCAGCCAGCACCAUGGCUCCAGCCCGUCCUUGGGUUCCACAGGCUCUCAGUCAGGCUCUUCCCCUAUCAUCUCAGCUCCUGUGUCUAUGGCUUCCCUGGCAGAGAACAUCCAUCGGAAGUAUGUCCUCCACCUGUUCAGCCUGGGGAAUCGGCCUGCAGUCUCAUACUUCUGCCGUUUGAUGGGGGAGAAGGGACAUGGUCUGCUGCAAGAGCUUGAUUCUCUGCAGUAGUUGAAAAGAUUAAGUAUUUUAAUGAUAUUAUAUUUUCUCUACAUGUAUAUUAUUAUUAUUUGAAAUUGCUUUUUUGCAACUUUUUGUUUAAUUAAGAUAUUAUUUUCAAUUAGUUUUACCCAUCCCCCCC